AUGAACCCUUCCAACGUCCCAGCCAACGUACCAGAAGCAGACAAUGUAGCAGACACACUAGCCCAGGAAUGGAAGGAAGCCGAGUCAGCCCUCAGGCUAAGUAAAGAACGGAUGAUCAGGAAUCAAGGAACAGUACCAGAGUACUCGAUAGGAGAGAAAGUCUGGCUGGACGGAAAGAACGUAGAACUCAGGACCAAUUCAAACAAGUUGGAUCCCAAACGUCUUGGUCCCUUCAAAAUCCUUGAGAAAAUCUCCAGCCACGCCUACCGCUUAGAACUCCCAGAAACUCUGAAAAUCCAUGACGUCUUCUAUGUGGGGUUACUAUCAAAGAGCCACGAGUCACCAAGUCAACCAUUCCCGGAACGACCUCCCCCUGAAACAAUAGAAGGGGAGGAGGAAUAUGAAGUUGAACAGAUCAUUGACUCAAAACGUCAACGGGGAAGGUGGUUCUACCUGAUUAAGUGGAAAGGUUACGGUCCAGAAGAUAACUCCUGGGAACCCGAGGAACUCCUAGAACAUAGUCAGGAGGAGAUCCAACGCUUCAACAAGUCGCGACUGAAAAAGGCUCGUGACUCCGCCAAGAGCCUUUAA